GGUACGUCCUCACUACACUUCAGACACCGGCCUUUGGAGAUGGCAGCUCAAAAAAUAAACGAGGGUCUGGAGCACCUCGCCAAAGCAGAGAAAUACCUGAAAACUGGUUUUUUGAAAUGGAAGCCAGAUUAUGACAGUGCUGCUUCUGAAUAUGGGAAAGCAGCUGUUGCUUUUAAAAAUGCCAAACAAUUUGAGCAAGCAAAAGAUGCCUGCCUGAGAGAAGCUGUUGCACAUGAGAAUAACAGGGCUCUUUUUCAUGCUGCCAAAGCUUAUGAGCAAGCUGGCAUGAUGUUGAAGGAAAUGCAGAAAUUGCCGGAGGCUGUUAAGUUGAUUGAGAAAGCUAGCAUGAUGUACCUGGAAAACGGCACCCCAGACACAGCAGCCAUGGCAUUAGAACGAGCUGGAAAGCUUAUUGAAAAUGUGGAUCCAGAAAAGGCUGUACAGUUAUAUCAACAGACAGCUAAUGUGUUUGAAAAUGAGGAACGCUUACGACAGGCAGUUGAAUUACUAGGAAAAGCCUCAAGAUUGCUAGUACGAGGACGCAGGUUUGAUGAAGCAGCACUCUCUAUUCAGAAAGAAAAAAAUAUUUAUAAGGAAAUUGAGAAUUAUCCAACUUGUUACAAGAAAACAAUCGCUCAAGUCCUAGUUCAUCUACACAGAAAUGACUACGUGGCUGCGGAAAGAUGUGUUAGGGAGAGCUAUAGCAUACCAGGGUUCAAUGGAAGUGAAGACUGUGCUGCACUAGAACAGCUUCUUGAAGGAUAUGACCAGCAAGACCAAGAUCAAGUGUCAGAGGUCUGCAACUCUCCACUUUUCAAAUACAUGGAUAAUGAUUAUGCUAAAUUGGGCCUGAGUUUGGUGGUUCCAGGAGGGGGAAUCAAGAAGAAAUCACCAGCAACACCACAGGCCAAGCCUGACGGCUCUACCACCACAGCCGGUGAGGAAGAGGAAGAUGAGUACUCAGGAGGACUGUGUUAGCAUUUUACUUUAUAAAAAAGAUGAAAAAGUAAAGGAAAAAUUCUGACAUGCCAUUUCAUGAACUUGGAACCUUGGCUAUUCCAUACUUCAUUACAGUCAUUAUUUGAAUGCUAAUAAAGACUAAUUUGUAGUUACCAUUUACUCAAAUCA